AUUCUUCAAUUUUAUUGAGUUAAUGAUCCGAAAUAAGUAAUGAACAUAUGUGUUCAUCAAAGAAGUAUCGGUACUAAAACUGAAAUAAGGUACCUGACAACAAUAAGCUUAUAAAACAUAAGAAAUAUUUAUUGGAUUUUGGGGUCACAUAUUUAAAAGGGGAAUUCCAGUUUCUGUUUUGUUAAGUUCACAAUUUUUAAGUGGAUUGCGACGAAUUUAAUUAAGUAAAUAACUGAUUUAAGAGCACAUACGAUGGAGGUUGAAGACAGCAACAAGAACCCAGAAUCAAACUUUAAAUACCUUGUGCAGCAAGUCGAGGAACAGUCAGACCUGUGCGAUAUGACAGUGAAAAGAGGACUCUGGGAGAAGAAGUUUCAUCGCUGCGUACUUGCUGCUUGUCCAUUUUUUGAAAAUAUUAUCAGGGGAAAUUUCUUGGAAAAACAGACAGGCCUAGUGGAGGUUAAGGUAGACACCACACCAAAUGCAGUUGAGAUGGCACUUAUGUUUCUGUACGGGAGAAAACCUGCUUUUACCAUUGAAAAUGUAGGAGAACUUCUUGAACUGGCAGAAUUUUUUAUGCUAGUCGGUCUAAAAUCUGCAUGCAUUGAGUGGCUUCGCUCUGAAGAAAUUACGGUAGAAAAUUGUAUGCACGUGAUGCAGUUAUCUACUAAGUACAAUUUUGAAGUUACAACAUGUAUCGAUUACAUUGAAAGCCACCUGCCCGAGAUAUUCAAUAACAAUGAUGCGGUGAAUCUUUCGAAAGAGUCAAUCGAGUAUCUAUUCUCGGACAUAAGGUUUUCAUACCUUACAAUGGACGAAAAGUUAACGUUCCUUGUGAAGUGGGCCGGUAUGCACUCUUGUGAGAAAGCAGAAAAUGUGAGGGCCCUGUUUCAGACGAUUGACAUGGAGGAAGUAUCAAACUCUGCAUUGGAAAGUGCUAAACGUAAUGUUCCAUUUAGCAAAAUAAUAGACUUAAACAAAGUAGUUCUCUUGGCAGAUGAUGAAAGUAGCAAACGUAAUGUUUUAAUAUUGUUCUGUAACAAAGGCUAUUUCUGGUGUUUAGAUCUACUGAACUUUCGUUGGUAUAGGUUGAACUCAAGUAUAAACGAGAACCAGCAUUUGCAAAGCUGCGAUACACAUGAAAUUGGUGGUGUGAGAAAUCUUCUUCCUGAAAUAUAUAUCACAUGUAAAAGGGGGUUUCUAGGAAAAUUGUUACCUACACUGUUGAUUGUAAAUCUUGAAACAAAUCAAACAACCACAUACCAACUUAAUUUGGGAGAUGAAGACAUUACGGAAACAAAACUUUCCAGUAUAAGCUUGACGGAUGACACAAUGCUCGCUACCGUAAACAAAACUAUUCAGGUUAUUGAAGUAUUUGGCAGCCGCCAGAGUGAGGGUGAAAACGACAGAAGACCAGAUUAUCCAGUAAGCACUAGUCGUGACCAAAUAAUGGAACAAAUUGAUCAUAAUUCUGUUCUUCUUACAAGAAGGAUACAAGCACCGUACGAUUGUGAUAUUGGGGAGUUGUUAUCGUCAAUACCUGGCGACAGCCCAAAACAUUUAAACGUAACAGAUAUCGGUUAUUCAGAGGUAUAUUUUGGACGUGUAUCAGACGAAACGGUUGAAUUGGAACCGUUAUUUUCAUUGCGGAAUGAAGAAAUAAUAGACACAUGUGUGAGCAGCCAGUCUACUGUUGCUUUGCUAACGAAAUCAAUGCAGUAUGUGAUCAUAUUCGAUAUUGUAGAUUUGAAGACUGAAAAACAUGAACUUAAACCAGACGCAAAUUACAAAAUUGCUCAUACUGGGGAGGGAUUCCUUAUCUAUAACAACACACGUUGUUACUGUUUCAAAAGACUAUCAGGACCAUCCCUUUUGAAGAAAUAUUUGAUACAAAUAAUGGAGUUUGAAAACGAAAACAGUUGUAUUGUACGAUACCGUUAUUGCAACGAUAUUUGGAUAAGAAUUGUACAUAACAAUGAUGACUUUCAGCUACAGUAUGUUUCGCACAAAGAAAUAUCAGUUAGUAAGAUCCCACGAGAUAUUAACUGGAAACAGUUGCCACUACCAGAUGAAAUAAAAAUAAUUGACAAACUCAUGAAUGAAAGCGACCGCAUGUUCGUGGUUGCUUUAUCAAAACAUAGGUUGCGAUGUGAUAUUGCAUGUCCGCAUUGCAAAUUGGCUGAUCGUCCGAAUAUAGGUUUGGACUAUUUUCUUAACGGUUUCUUGUUAGAUUCGUCUGACGAUGAAUAUGUUUUCCAAAACUCGAGUGAUAGUGAAUCAGAGUAAAUUUUAAUAGAUAGCCUGCAAACAACGGCUUACAAACGAAAGAAUUAUUUUGAUGUCAAUGAUAUAGUCCGAAACCAAAUAUUGGAUUACAUGAUGACAGCGAAAAGAAUAUCGGGUAAACAUUUCUUUCUACACGGUCACGGAUGCGCCAGAAAUAAUGGUUAUAUACAAAUACGCUAUACGUGUCCAAAUAAUACCUUUGCGUUGGGACUGUCCAUCAACGUAAAUGAUGAUAUGAUAAAUGAUGUCCGAAAAAUCAAUUGCAAGUGUCCCUGUCUUAAUGGUUUUUUGGUAGAUUUGUCUGACGGCGAAUAUGUAGAGAACAUUUGGUUAUUGUCUUAUAAAAUAAAAUUUCUUAAGUGAGUCGGAGACAUAUGAAAGUAGAGGAGAUGCCAUGACUUUUAGUUGUUUAAUUUUAAAUUAAUACGACAGUAAGCUAAUGAUCUAUUCAUCUUACCUUCUGAUCUAAAAAUCAUUCUUAAAUUAAAAUUCAAAAUUUACCACCAACUAGUUCUGAGUCUGUAUUGCAUAGAAAUUUAAAAAUUAAUACGUCCCACCGUUUUACCAAUACGUCUUUAAAAUCCGAAAUGUUAUGGAAUAAAAGCUAAAUAAGGCUGGCCAUGUUUUUUGUGCCAACCUCUGUGUUCUGCUGAACAUGAAUGCAUAAUUUUAAUUUGCUGCCAAAGCAUAAAUAUGUCUUUUUGCAGUUAUUCUCAAAACAAAGAAAAAAUCCAAAAAGUAGUCCGCCAAGCUUUAUCAAGUCACUGACCUGAUAAAUCAUAAUUUAUCUGACCCCUUGAUUUUUGCCUUUAUUUUGAAUGAAGGUAGGAAAAAUAAUAAUUUUUCAAUGCUAGGGUAACAGUGAAUCAGAUUAAAUUUUACCAUACUUUUUUUACACGUCGAGAUAUUCUGAGAACAUCGGCUUACAUAUUAUAAGAUUUAUUUUGAUGUCAAUGAUAACCAAAUAUUAAGUCACAUGGUAAUGGCUAACGGAAGGCCAAGUUAUAAAUACGGGAUCGCGAAAGUACUGGUGUAAUUAUGAACUAUAAAUAUGCUUUAAGUGUCCAAAUGAUACUUUUGUGUUGAGAAUUCCAACAAUGUCACAGAAAAGACAUGAAAUAUCUUGUGCUUUAAUUUUAAAAACGCUUUAGAGAUUUUUCUACAUAACCAUCAAUAUUUCCAGUCCGAAACUAACUCCAGAAAACUCUUAAUUAAUGUAAGUUAGAGAGGGCACCACAUGCGUCAUGAUUUUAAUAUUUAGAAGUAAUGCUCUGUCAUGUUCAUUAUACUUGGUAGUCUUGUGGAACUUAAUUUAAGGGAGUUCAGCACGUUUGAUAUACCGUGAGUGAUGGCGUAAUGUCAUUUAUCCGGAUAACAAAAAAUAAAUCCUGAAUUAGGCGUAAUGAUAUAAAAAUCAUUUUAUGAAUUAAUGGCAACUUGUGAGUAAAUUUAUUUCAACGGCAACGUUACUCUCAUUAUAAAGUUAAAAUAUGGUAUUAAAACAUCUGACACGUCAAAUAAUCAAAAUAAUAUCUUAAAACCAGCUUGAAAUGUGCGGAUUACCAAGCGGACCUAUACAUUCCGUUUCAUCAUUUCAUAGUUUCUGCUCAACUGUGAGAAGAUUCAUUUAUAUUCGACAUUGUAGAAAAAAAAUCUUUUCGUGAAAACGUAAUAAAAAUUGUGAUUUUCCCAUAGACUCCCUUUAUGACAACCUGCAUGAGGUCCACACUCACAUGUUUUAGAUAUUGUUUUUAAAUAUUCGAAAUUUCGAAAAGUUAACCAAAAUAUCUUUAAAACAGCAUAAUUGAAAGACUGAGAUAGACUUGUUUUUGAUAUGCAUUCUUUAUUGUACGAUUGUUGUUUCCAUUGUUUUAAAUAUCAUUAAAACUCAGUAUGUAGAACUUCAGCAAUAAACUUAAAUUGUAAAUCCGUUGGAAAAUAUAUGCUAUCUCUGUAAAGUGAUCAUGUAAAAUGUCUGCUCCAUAUAUAUGAAUCUAUCACAACGGUUAGCGGAAACCAUUUUUACCUUAUAUCAUUUUUUAAAAUCGAAUCGAAUUUCAACGUUCAAACUUCAAACCCUUGGUCUUUUUAGAUUUGAGUUUCAAAGUUUCAGCUGCUGCAUAUUUCUUUAUAAAACUGCAAAUUUUAUGUUGAAUUUUAUCUAUCUACCCUAACUCACAUAACAGGUUUUUAAGGUAGAUAUAUUUUCAGUACGUUUAAACCAAUGUUUCAAGUAAAUUAACAUUCAUCAGAAGACUAACUUCCGAUUCCAUACGUAAGCAAGAAGGUACCAUAAGUGUAUUGGGUUUCACCCGUCUUGCAUUUUAAACGUUUACUAUAAACUGGUUCGAAACUAUUCUGAUUGUCUAUCUUUAUAAUGAACUGCUUUAUAUGUGUUUUGUAAUGUUUGAAAUAAAUAAGAAUUUUAUAUCUUGUUGUUCGUAUUAUCGUAAAAUAAACGUUUACAACAACUUGUUAGGUUAUUUUAGAACUUUGGCCACGAAUAAGCCGGAUAAUUCUAAAACUAAUAGCAACCGUGCCUGACAUACAAGAAACUCGUGUGUUAAAUAAUUCGUUUAUAAUCUUGCAAAAUUGUACUGACUCUUAGUGGAAGAAAUAAACUGAACGAUUGUCAGAAAUAUAUAUGUGUAGUAUUUGAAAGAAUAUAACGGCACAGACUGAUCUGUGAUCUGAUAAAUGUGGUUUCAUCUCA